AUGGCCACAAAUCUUACAGCGCCAGAUAGCCACAAAGGGUCCCGAGUUGCAGUCGGAGCAUCGCCAGGUCAGGAUGUUGCCGUUGGUAGCCUGGACAAUGGCAAAGACGUGACCGGAACAUUGGUUGGCCAUGAUAGCGGUGAAAGAGGUGAAAGAGGUGAAGUGGUCACGAAAUCAACCUGUAGUUCGGUCAGUUAG